AUGUUUAUGAGAGAUGAUGGAGAAUGGGAAAGUGGUGAAGAGGUUGCUGUAAAAAAUGAGCAUGAUGAUAGUGAUGUUGAGUUUGUGGAUGGGGGAGACCAAGUGCCCAUGGAGGGUCAUGCUCUCGUCACUAUGCGCACACUUAGUGCACAAGCUGAAUUGGAGGAUAAUGAUGCUAUACAAAGGGAGACAAUAUUUCAUACAAGGUGUUUGGUGAAUGACAAAGUGAAUGUGGUGAAGCAAGUGGUUGUUGUUCCAUUCAGCAUUGGAAAGUAUUAUGAUGAAGUUGUUUGUGAUGUGGUGCCAAUGGCUGCCACACAUCUUUUACUUGGAAGACCUUGGCUGUAUGACAGGAGUGUUUUGCAUGAUGGAAGGAAGAACAAAUACACCUUGGUAAAGGAUGGGUGCCAAUAUCACUUGACUCCAUUGGCAGCUUCUCAAAUUCAUGAAGACCAAAUGAGAAUUAUGAAAUCCAUGGAAGAAAAAAAAGAGAGUAUGAGAGAAAAAUCAAGAGAGGCCGAGCUUGAUAAGGGGAAAAAUGAGAGGAGUGUGAAAGUAAAAGAAGUAACAGAAAAGAAAAAGAGUGAGGGCUCGGGGCAAAAGGAGAGCCGCGAGAAAAGAAUGAGCUUGUUUGUGAAAGGAAAAAAAGUGAGAGAGGCUUUAAGUUGUGAGAGACCUUUUUGUGUACUUUUGUACAAAGAGGCACAUUCGUGUAUUUCUGACCUUGACCCCAAUUUGCCUAGUGGUGUUGUUUCUUUGUUGCAGGAGUAUAAUGAUGUAUUUUCGAAGGAUUUGCCAUCUGGAUUACCACCCAUUCGAGGGAUUAAGCACCACAUUGAUAUUAUUCCAGGGGCGCCUAUAUCGAAUAGACCCGCUUAUAGAAGUAAUCCAGAAGAAACAAAGGAGCUCCAAAGGCAAGUGGAAGAACUCUUAGCAGAGGGAUAUGCGCGUGAGAGCAUGAGUCCUAGCGUUGUUCCGGUGAUUCUUGUACCAAAGAAGGAUGGGAGCUAUCGCAUGUGCGUGGAUUGCAGAGCCAUCAACAAAAUUACUAUAAAAUAUAGGCAUCCCAUACCUCGACUUGAUGAUAUGCUUGAUGAGUUGUUUGGUGCAUGUGUGUUUUCUACGAUUGAUUUGAAAAGUGGUUACCAUCAAAUUAGAAUGAAAAUAGGAGAUGAAUGA